CAAAAUGCACCUCUUUCUCAACAUCCUCGCCUUCGCCUCUAUUGGCCUACUUGUCAACGGAGAAGAGUGGUGUAUGACGCAAUUCUUUUGCGGCUACCAACAUUCUGUAAUUACUUAUCCAUUUUUCACUGGAAAAGUAGCGGAUGCAGAUGAGUGUAAGAACAGAUGCUUGAAUAAUCCUGCAUGUAUGUCCUCCGAAUUCCGAUACAACAGUAUGCAGUGCCUAAACUUUAAUACGGCCUCUGCAAAUCCGUAUUAUUUGAUGUCAAAUGCAUAUUAUGAUAAUCCACCGAAAAAUGAAUGGAAUCCCGUUAAAUCCGAUGUGGCUCUAAAGUUCCCAAAGAAAAACGGAGUUUGUGCACCGAAUGAAGUCAUUAACGCAUACAAUCGCGGUGACGUCACAACCAUCCCAAAUGGAAAGAAGUACAAGCUUAGACGGCAGACCGUCGAUAUUUGGGAACUUCAAAGUAUUUAAUGCAUUGUUCGAUAUCAAUAAAGUGUUAAAUCGACUUUAAA